AUGAUGAUAGCCCCUCCCCAGCAUCCCCAGCAUCAGCAGCAGCAGCAGCAGCAGCAGCAGCAGCAGGAGACGCAGCAGCAGGUUGCAACCCGCAGCAGAAAGCGGCCAGAGAUAAGGGCUUUGCUGCAGCGCCUGCAGCAGCGCAGCGAGCAGCUGCAGCAGGAGAAGCAGCAGCAACAAAAACAGAAACAAAAACAGCAGCAGCAGCAGCAGCAGCAACAGCAGCAACAGCAGCAACAACCGCAACAACAGCAGCAGAAACAAAAGCAGCAACCGGUGCUGAUGCAGCUGCUGCAGCAGCAAAACAAACAGCAGCAGCAGCAGCAAGCUGGCAGCAGCAGCAGCAGCUGCAGCAGCAGCAGCAGCAGCAGCGGCAGCAGCAGCAGCAACAGCUGCUGCUGCUAUUGCGGGCAGCUGGGUGCAGCAGCAGAUAGUCGAGCCACCCAAAGGCAAACGGCAGCAGGCACACCUGCAGCAGCACUUGAGGACGAGGAAGACUUGGGCUGUCCCCUCCCCCUGGCUGUGCCGGAGGCUGAGGCGGAAGCAGCAGCAGCAGCUGCAGCAGCAGCAGCAGCAGCAGCAGCGGCAGCAGCAGCAGCAACAGCUGCUGCUGCUAUUGCGGGUGUUGACCCUGCAUCCGCUGCAGCAGCAGCUGCUGCUGCUGCGAGCCCACCAAUUACAGACUUGUGUCUUCCCUCUGCAGCAGCAGCAGCAGCAGCAGCAGGCUCAUCGACUGCAGCAGCAGCAGCAGCAGCAGCACCAGCAGCAGCAGCAGCAAGGCGGACUACAGUUCCUGUGCUGCUGAUUGCCCACGGUAGUUUUGGUGCUGAAGGAGUGUCAGGGUUUCUGGGGCCCCACAGCAGCAGCAGCAGCAGCAGCAGCAGCAGCAGGAGCAGCAGCAUUCGGUGCAGCAGCAGCAGCAACAGCAGCAAUGGUUUUGACUUGCUGCUGCCAGCAGGUGCUGCUGCUGCUCGUUUGUUUGUGCUGCUGUGUAGAUUGGGUGUAUACCCUAUAGGGUACGGAGACAAGCGUAAGCAGGAGCUGGAGAGUAGCAGCAGCAGCAGCAGCAUGAGCAGCAGCAGCAGCAGCAGCAGCAGCAGCAGUGAUUUCCCCCUUUCUUACCCUGAUACUGCAGCAGGAACGCAUGCAGCUAUCUGCUGCAGCUGGCAGCAGGAGCUGCUGCACCUGCGGCGGCCCCCCAACCGCCGCAGCAGCUUUGCUGUCUCCGCGGUGAGCUGCCCCUUCUUGCCCCUAUGGAGACAGCUGCAGCAUCAACCCUUUGCUGUCUCCGCGGUGAGCUGCCCCUUCUUGCCCCUAUGGAGACAGCUGCAGCAUCAACCCCAGCAACAGCAGCAGCAGCAGCAGCAGCAGCAGCAGCAGCAGCAGCAGCGGGAGCAGCAGCAGCAGCAGCAGCGGGAGAAAGAGGGGGAGAAGAGGCAGCAAGAAGAGAGAAAGCGUGAGGAAGCUUUGCUGCUGCAGCAGGCUGUCGUUGUGACGAUAGGGGCUAGCAGGAAGCUGCAGCAGCAGCAGCAGCAGCGGCAGCAGCAGCAGCAGCAGCAGCAGCAGCAGCGUGGUCGUUUGUAUGGCCCUUCUUGCUUUCUGCCUCCGCGUCUGCUGCCGCUGCUGCUGCCCCCGCAGCAACCAAACAAAAGAGAGACGCAGCAGCAGCAGCAGCAGCAGCAGCAGAAAACAGCAAACCUGCUGCUCUGUCCCCUUCCUCUACCCCCCAUUGAUCUGCUGCAGCAGCUGCCGCCGCUGCUGCUGCCUCCCCCUGCUGUGCGUAUGCUGCCGGUGCAGCUGCUGCGGCUCAGCCUCUUCCUGCAGCAGUUCCGCAAGCAGCAGCAGCAGCAGCAGCAGCAGCAGCCGCAGCAGCAGUUGCAAGCUCUGCUGCAUGCAGCACAGCGAGAGAGAAGCAUGGGGCCCGGCGACGAGCUGCCUCUUGUCUUUCUGUGGGGCUUGCAGCAGCUGCUGCUGCCUGCGCAUGCAGGCAGCAGCAGCAGCAGCAGCAGCAGCAGCAGCAGCAACAACAGCAGCAGCAGGAAGCAUAGAAAGAAGGCAGCAGCAGCAGCAGCAGCUGCUGCUGCUGCUGCUGCUGCAUACCUAGCAGCACGCCACGCGCUGCUGCCUGUACAGCUGGUGAUGCAGGAUAGGGGGGCCCCCAGGGUGAGGGCCCACCUCUUCUCUCUCACCCCAGCAGACCUCCGUCUCUUCUUUCAAGCGCAGCAGCAGCAGCAGCAGCAGCAGCAGCAACAGCAGCAGCAGCAGCAGCAGCAACAGCAGCAGCAGCAGUGGCGGCGGCGGCGACUGCUUAGCGUUGAAACUGGUGGAGCCUCUACACGGGCGUGUGUGCAGACGCCGUCUGCUGCUUCUGCAGCAGCAGCAGCAGCAGCAGCAGCAGCAGCAGCAGCAGCAGAAGCAGCAGCAGCAGCAGAAAGGGAGAGGUAA